GGUUCGGCACCAACGUGGGUACGUUUGUGAUCUCUGAAUCCGCAAUGCUUGCCGUUUUCAUGUUUCACCUUGGCUUCUUUCGUCUUUACUCGACCUCGAAGCUAAAUUAGAAUCUCUCAAGAUCUCGCUGGCGAUUGAGGUGUGUGGUUGGGAGGAUCGAGUGAGUGAAUCAUGUUCGUGAUAGAUUGGUUCUAUGGCGUUCUCGCUUCGCUAGGGUUAUGGCAGAAGGAGGCUAAGAUCUUGUUCCUCGGGCUCGAUAACGCCGGCAAAACCACCUUGCUUCACAUGUUGAAAGACGAGAGAUUGGUGCAGCACCAGCCGACGCAGCAUCCAACAUCUGAAGAACUUAGCAUUGGUAAAAUCAAGUUCAAGGCUUUUGAUUUGGGUGGUCAUCAGAUUGCUCGCAGGGUCUGGAAGGAUUACUACGCUAAGGUGGAUGCUGUGGUCUACCUAGUGGAUGCUUACGACAAGGAGAGAUUUGCUGAGUCGAAAAAGGAGCUGGACGCACUUCUCUCAGACGAAUCUCUAGCCACCGUUCCCUUCCUCAUCCUAGGAAACAAGAUUGACAUACCAUACGCUGCAUCAGAGGACGAGCUCCGUUACCAUCUCGGCCUCUCCAACUUCACCACGGGAAAGGGUAAAGUGAAUCUAGUGGACUCGAACUUAAGACCAUUGGAAGUUUUCAUGUGCAGCAUCGUCAGGAAGAUGGGUUAUGGCGAAGGCUUCAAAUGGCUCUCUCAGUACAUCAAGUAAACUAAAGCCAAGACUCCAACAACCUCAUGGUGUUGUUAUGGCUAAAUCGUAAGUUUCUAUAUUGUCUCGUCUUGCUUUUUUUAAUGUUUUGUAAGAAAUGUCGUGAAACUUAGCUUCUCGUUUGCCUGGUUUGUUUCUAUUUGUAGUGAUUUUUUUUAAUAACAUUUACAUGUUUCGUAAUUUAUACUACUAUUUAAAUAAGGUAAAAUGUUUGGAUUUUAACGUUUA